UUACUGUACUGCGGCUUUACUGUAAGCGGCUAAGCUAAAGCUAAAGAGAACCACAAGCUGCUCCAGGCUGAGUGCAACUGGUAAUGUGGAGAUAAUGGAGAAAGAGGAGCAGUCUGACGUCAGAAACGACGAUGGAGAGAGUUUCAGGCUUCACAUGGUCACGUGGAACGUUGCCACAGCUGAUCCGCCGGAUGAAGUGAUCUCACUUCUUCGUUUGAACUCCCCAAAGAAACCAGAUCUCUUUGUUAUUGGUCUGCAGGAGGUGAAGUCAGGGCCAUUGAAGUUCUUAUUAGAAAUGCUAGUUGAUGACCCGUGGAGUUACCUGUUUAUGUCCACUUUAGCACCACUGAAAUACCUCAAGGUUUCUUCCAUCAGAAUGCAGGGUCAACUUCUGCUUUUCUUUGCCAAACUGGAGCAUGUCCCAUUUAUCAGAGACAUCCAGGCCACGUACACACGCACAGGUGUUUUCGGUUACUGGGGUAACAAAGGAGGCGUUUCCAUUAGUCUGUCUUUUUAUGGUCACAUGUUCUGUUUCCUCAACUGCCACUUAACUGCUCACAUGAACUACGCCACAGAGAGAGUGGAUGAGUUUGAGCGCAUCAUAGAUGCACAAAGUUUUGAUUGUAAAAAGGCUCCAACAGUUCUCGACCACAGGCUGGUCUUCUGGUUUGGAGAUCUCAACUUUCGGAUCCAGGACCACGGCAUGCACUUUGUGCGCUCUUGCAUCAACAACCAAACGUACAGCCUGCUUUGGAGUAAAGACCAGCUGAUCAUGAUGAAGAAGAAGGAGGAGAUGCUUCAGGAUUUUGAGGAAGGCCCUCUGGAUUUUCAGCCCACCUACAAGUUUGACUUAAACUCUGAUAAUUACGACAGCAGGCCCUACAGGACAUUGUUUGCCUUUAACGCUAAGAAGCGUAAACCUGCCUGGACUGACAGGAUUCUGUGGCGGCUCAGAUCCAAAGCACUGUCGUGUGAUGAAAAAGAUGAAGAUGGGAUUGAAGUGGAUGAGAAGAAGGUGAAGCAGCUUGCAGAGGAUGAGGAGUAUCCUGUGAAGGUCACGCAGGAUUUAUACACCAGCAUCAUGGAGUAUAGCAUCAGUGACCACAAGCCUGUCAUUGCCAUCUUCACCGUGCAGCUGCAGAAGAUAUACAACACGCCUUUGGUACGUCUUCAGUCUGAGGGUGACUGGAGUGCAGACAUUGACGCCGUGGUUCUCUACAGUGUUCUGCAGCCAUUCCCCUCCAGCACAUGGGACUGGAUUGGGCUCUAUAAGGUUGGAUUCACCAGUGCAACAAAUUACAUCACCUACAUCUGGGUCAAAGAUGUUGAAGUGGCCUUCAGUGGAGAAGUCAUACAGGUAUAUGUUAGCAAAGAAGAAAUUCCUGUGCAGGGUGGAGAAUGUGUACUCUGUUACUACAGUAGUACACUGCAGUGUAUCAUUGGAAUUAGUGAACCGUUCAAGGUUCGUGGAUCGAAGGUAGCCAUCGAAGAAGGCUUGGUGCCGGAGAUUAUUGACAGAUUCGAUUAGACGAUUGCGGGCGAAGACCUUUAGAAUUGACUUGCCAUAAAUGACUCAUUGUAUCCUGUAAAAGCAAAGCCAUUUUUACCCGCA